UCCCCGUGAGCGGAUUCCCGGGAAUCGGUAGCACCUGCAUUUCUCCGGAUCGCUGGGAAGCGCGAUCUCGCUUUUCCCGGGGGAGGAGGAGGAGGAGGAGGAGGCGGGGAAGAUGCAGGAGCUUCUGAAGCAAUCAGUCUUGGUAACUCCUGAAGGAAGAGAAGCUCUCUCUCAUCCCUCCUCUAUGAAGCAGCUCUGGGGAAGCAUCUCUGAGGAGGAUCAAAAUCCUCGUUGUCAUGGAUCAGCAACAGCUCAGGAUUCAGUGUCCUUCGAGGAGGUGGCUGUGUAUUUCACGGAGGAUGAGUGGGCGCUGCUGGAUCCCAGCCAGAGAGCCUUACAUGGGGAAGUCAUGCUGGAGAAUUUUAGGAGUGUGGCCGCUCUGGCUUAUGGACAAGAGCACGAGAACUACAGGGAGCAAAUGAUCAAGUCUGAAGUAGACAUGCUUGUUGGUCAAGAACCAUCCCAAAGGAUUAAGAAAAUCUGUAAAGUGAGCGGAGGGGAGGAAUCUCCGGCAUCCAAUGACGUCCUCUCUCUCCCAACCCAGGAAGUUCACCAAGGAGAAGAAAAGGGAAUAUAUCUCAGAUGUGGCAAAGGAGACGAAGAGAACUCUGGUUUCACUAAAUAUUAUGCAACCCAGACUGAAGAAGAACAAUAUGAAUAUCAAGAGGAUGGGCAAAGUAUCAGCUCUACCUCCUACCUUGCCCUACCUCGCCCAUCGUACAGCCAAGAGACACCAUAUGCAGUUAUAAAUUAUGGGGAGAAUUUCACUUUCAGCGGCCAUAUAAUUUCCCAUAAAGAGGAGAAACCAUAUGAGUGUGGAGUGGAUUUCAGUAGGAAACAAUUACUUAUUUUACCCCCAAAAAUUUCCCCGAGGGAGAAACCAUAUGAAUGUCUGAGGUGUGAAAAGACAUUUGCUCAGAGAGGAAACUUGAUCAUACAUGAACGGACACACACAGGGGAGAAGCCAUACGUAUGCCUGGUAUGUGGGCGAAGAUUCAGUCAAAGCGGUCACCUUACGAGACACCAGCGAUCCCACACGGGGGAGAAACCGUACACGUGCUUGCAGUGUGGAAGGCAGUUCAGUGGACGUUCGAAUCUGGUGAAGCACAUGAGCCACACAGAGGAGAAACCAUACAUAUGUACGGAGUGUGGAAAGAGCUUCCGGGACAACAGUGUCCUGCUGUGCCACAUGAGGAUCCACACAGGAGAAAAGCCAUUCAAAUGCCUGGAGUGCGGGAAGAACUUCAGGCGAAACUGUCACCUUGUGGAACACAAGAGGAUCCAUACAGGAGAGAAACCCUACCGGUGCUUGGAGUGUGGGAAGAGUUUCAGUCAGAAAAGCAACCUUUUGCAACAUAAACGAAUUCACACUGGGGAGAAACCCUACACGUGCCCGGAAUGUGGAAAGAGUUUCAAUCAGAGCAGUCAAUUUAUUUGCCAUAAAAGGAUUCACACAGGAGAAAAACCGUACCGGUGCGUUAUAUGUGGGAAACGGUUCGGUCACAAUGGUAGCCUUUUGCAGCAUAAGAAAAUUCACACGGGAGAAAAUCCCUAUAAAUGUGCGGAGUGUGGGAAAUGCUUCAAUCAGAACUAUAAACUUUUGCAACACCAACGGAUUCACACAGGGGAGAAGCCAUACCAGUGCAAGGAGUGUGGAAGGAGUUUCAGUUGCAGCAGUGACUUUAUUUGUCAUAAAAGGAUUCACACAGGAGAGAAACCAUAUACCUGCCUGGAGUGUGGAAAGGGUUUUAAUAAAAGCAGUCGGCUUACAUCACAUCGAAGAAAACACACAGGAGAGAAGCCAUAUAAAUGCACAGAGUGCGGAAAGAGGUUUUCCUAUAGGGAUUGCCUCACAAGACACCAACGAACCCACACUGGGGAGAAACCAUAUAUAUGCUUGAUAUGCGGAAAGAAAUUCGGUGGACAUUCAGGUCUCAGAAUCCACGUCAGAAUCCACACGGGGGAGAAACCCUACAGGUGCACGGACUGUGGAAAGAGCUUCUGUAAAUACAGUAAUUUCCUUUGCCAUAAAAGGAUCCACACAGGAGAAAAACCGUAUAAGUGCACAGAAUGCGGAAAGAGCUUCACACAGAACGCGAACCUUGUCAAGCACAAAAGAAUCCACACGGGAGAGAAGCCUUACAAAUGCGCAGAUUGCGGGAAAAGCUUCAACCAGACCAAUCACCUUUCACAACACGAAAGAAUCCACAUACGAGAAAAACCGUAAGACCCAAGCUUUCCUUCUAAACCUUUUCCCAUGAAAAAAGGACCAUGGGGGGUGGGGGGGGGAUAAUAUAAAUAUGUGUACCGUGGAAAAAUGUUCAAUCAGAGGAGUAACAUGAUCAGGCCUAAAAGAAACCAUGUGUGAGAAUAAAAAUGCCCACUCUGAGAAAAGAUUCAAAUCUCCCUUUGAAUUUAGACCCUUAUUUUUCCAUAAGAGAUCUUAUUUUGGGAGAAACACCUCGCAUAUGUACAAACUCCAGGACUGACCCUAAACCCACAGCAAUACGAGUUUGGAUGUGCUGCACGGAUUAAAAAUGUUGUGAUAAUAGUGUGAAACUGACGGAUACACAAAUAUCUCAAUGGACUCCAACCUUAAUAAAGGCUAAUACCAACUUC